AUGGCCUCCAAAGUAAACGCUAAGGCUACCACAGAUGAUGACAGCCUACACACUGCCAUGUUAGACAUGAAGCGAAAAGAGCGGGACCUGGCGCUGGCGGCCGUCUACAUGAAGAACCCGCGGUCUGGAACGCGCAGAGAGAGCCUGGCGGAGACGACGAUGUACACAGAGCGAUUCUUCGGGAGGAGAGCUUCCUUCGACGGCGCUCAGUUGGAAUUGUCGGAGGAGGACCUUGCUGCUGCAGAGGCCGAGGAUGCUGUGACUUCCCAGGCGAGCGUGGUGUCGGCCGUGACGCAGAAUGCUGGCAAGGCUUGA